UGUGCUGUGUCCCUCGGACACAGCGGAUCACGGAAAGAGCUGAAGAUGUCAGCUCGGUCAUGUGAUCAGCUGUGUCCAAUCACAGCUGGGGACAUGUACACUGAUCAUCAGGGCACUGAUGAUCAGUGUGCCCUGAUGAUCAGUGUGGCCCCAGACGUGCCACCUGUCAGUGCUCAUCAGUGCCACGUGCCAGUGCCCAUCAGUGCCAUGUGCCAGUGCCCAUCAGUGCCACAUCAAUGCCACAUAUCAGUGCAUACCAGUGCACAUCAAUGCCACAUAUCAGUGCCCAUCUGAGCUGGCUUUCAAUGUCACCCAUUAGUGCCAGUCAGUGCCACCUAUCAAUGCCAAUCAGU